AUGACAACACAGAGCAACAGAGAGAUCUUCUUCGAUGGAUUUAACAAACUCUUUAAAGAACAAUGGCAAUCAGACGUACUCCUCAAGGCAGGAGACAGUGCUAUGGGUGCCACUAUCCCCGCCCAUAAACUUGUUCUGGCAUCAAGAUCAACGGUGUUGAAGAAGAUGAUGGAAUCAGACGAGUUGAAGUCUUCAUCUAAGGUAGAGACAGUAACCUUCUCCGAGAUGAAACACGAGGAGCUUGAGGCUUUAGUUCAGUUCAUGUACAGUGUUGAUGGCUCCAUUUCUUCUGAAACUCUCAAGAAACAUGUUAGGUCACUCUAUCUUGCAGCAGACAAGUAUGAGAUUCCGCAUCUCCGUGACAUAUGUAGAAACCAGCUUAUAUCAUCUCUUAACGCGUCCAACGCUCUUAACAUCCUUGAGCUAGCUCAAAUCCCUUUUGACAAAGCUCUUAACGAUGCGGCUUUCACAGCUUUCAAGAACAAUAAAAGCAUCAUUGCUAGCUCUACUGAGUUCAAGUUGUUUGUUGUCAACAAUCCAGAUCUAUCUGUUGAGGUCAUCAAGGCUUCUCUAUUAGAGCAAUCACAACUAGUUCCAGGUUGCUGGCUGGCCUCGUGGAGAGGAUGCAGGAUGCAGCUAAACUAA